GGUAUACAGGGUCAGCUGCCCUGUCCAGCAGGUGCUCUUCUGACAACACCCCUCCUCCUACAGCUCAGCUCAUCACACAGAUCCGAGAGAAACAGAACAGUAACCAAGACUGCUCACAAUGCCACAAAACGUUAUCCUCCAAGGACCAGCACCCUGGGGAUUCAGGCUCUCAGGAGGAAUAGAUUUUAAUCAACCCUUGAUUAUAACCAGGAUUACACCUGGAAGCAAGGCUUCAGCUGCCAACCUGUGCCCUGGUGAUGUUAUCAUAGCUAUUGAUGGUCUAGGCACAGAGAACAUGACACAUAAUGAUGCCCAGGAGAGAAUUAAAGCAGCUGCACAUCAGCUUUGUUUGAAAAUAGAGAGGGCAGGAACCAAAUUAUGGUCCCCACAAGUUUCAGAAGAUGGCAAAGCACAUCCCUUCAAGAUAAAUUUGGAAGCUGAGCCACAGGAUAUGAACUACUUUGAACACAGGCAUAAUAUUCGGCCCAAACCUUUCAUAGUCUCAGGCCGAAGCAGUGGAUGCAGCACUCCUUCCGGGAUUGACUGUGGCAGUGGACGCAGCACUCCCUCUUCAAUUAGCACAGUUAGCUCUAUCUGCCCCACCGAGCUGAAAGCAGUGUCUAAGAUGGCCCCUAACAUUCCACUGGAAAUGGAACUUCCCGGUGUCAAGAUUGUACAUGCUCAGUUUAACACACCUAUGCAGUUGUACUCAGAUGACAAUAUCAUGGAAACACUGCAAGGCCAAGUUUCUACAGCUCUGGGGGAAAACCCCGUAAUAAGUGACCCACCUCCCAACUCCGUGCCUCAGUCUGACGUGUACAGGAUGCUGCAUGCCAACCAGGAGGAGCCCAGUCAACCUCGCCAGUCUGGGUCCUUUAAGGUGCUCCAGAAUUUAGUCUCCGAGGAAGAUGGACGCCCUGUGGGUACAAGAAGUGUGAAAGCACCUGUAACAAAGAUACCUACUGCCAUGCCGGGUGCCCAGAAAGUGCCUCUCUGUGACAAGUGUGGGAGUGGGAUUCUAGGAACGGUGGUGAAGGCACGUGACAAAUACCGGCACCCAGAAUGUUUUGUGUGCUCUGACUGCAAUCUCAACCUGAAACAGAAAGGCUACUUCUUUGUGGAGGGCCAACUAUACUGUGAAGCUCAUGCACGAGCUCGCAUGAGGCCACCAGAGGGAUAUGAAGCAGUCACUGUUUACCCCAAAUGCUAGUCUUACAUUAACACACAAAGAUAUGCAUGCACACAAAAAGACAUUUAACAGCUUAGAACUGCAGUACCAGUGUCGGGACUUCUGCCUGAUUCCAAUGUAGCAGCUUUUAAAUCUCUCUUGUGGGAUUCUGAGGCAGGUAGAAGUCCCUGUCAGCCAAGAGUAGCAUAUUAUACCAGUAAAAUUCUGCUAAAAUAUUGUCUCUGAAGUUACCAAUAUAACUCAAUGAAGUAUAAACUAAAACAGCUGCACUGGAAUAAAAA